AUGGCAGUUGAAAAAUUCACAGUAAGAAAUGCUCUUUCAUUUCCAGUAACAUUCUUUGCUUUGGGAGGACCAACAUUUAAUUUAUCACCAGGACAAAAACAAACACAGGACGCAUGUGCUAUUUGGUUUUCUACUCGUGUUCAGGGACCAGGAGAAAUUAUGAAUGUUACCGAUUUUGAAAAAUAUCGCGAUGAUUAUAUUCGUGAACUGGAUAGCCUCGGUGUUGACCCCAAGGCCUAUGGACCAGGAAAAAGUGGAGGAAAUGAAGGUGUUGCGGCUGGAUCAGUUAUUGGAUUGACAAUUGAUGAACUUGAAUGGGUAUUCAAGAUUCCAAACACAAUGGAACAAACUGGAAGAGGUGAUGCCAUGUACUUUGGCGCCAAAAAGGAAGGUGUUUAUGGAUCGUGCAAUCUUGUUGUCCUCGCAGACAUGGAUCCAUGUCAUCAGUUGGAUCUCACCCAUGCUCCAUGGUGGCACUUGAGAAUCGAAACAGACAAUGGCCAAGUACAACCACCCGUCGACGACUACAAGUAUGUUGCACCCGAUCUCGACAAGUACCAAGACUACAAUUUUGUCCGAUUCUGUAACGCACAAACUAAACACUUUAUGUGUGCUGGCAAGGGUAAAUCGGAUGAUCUAGCCAUCCCACUCGCCAAUGUCGAUGCUCUCACUCAGCCAUUCGACCCGUUAAACUCUGAGGAGUACUUUGCCUACCAACCCGAUAGCAGCGGUCCGUACAACAUCAAGCUCAUCAGCACCAAGAAAAUAGGCGACAAGGAGCAAACAAGAUAUUUGACCUACAAGAACAACAACCUGUAUCUCCAGUCGACCCAAGAAAUCGGUAGUGAAAGCCACACCCAAGUAUUCAAUGUUGGAACCAAUUGGAUGAGCGGUGGAGACGUUUUCAUCAAACUAGGAUUUUCAGGUGGUGGAGUUGUAGCCGGCAAACCCGCUCCAGGUGAAUCUUUUCUUUAUCAAUCUAUCGAUGGUGCAGGCGAUCAACAAUGGAUUGUUUUUUCUUAUACUGUUGAUGUUCAUAAAAUUCCAUCAAAUAGAUCCUUUAAGAUUGUCCAUUGCAAGACUGGAUUGAUUUUGUGUCCCGCCGUAAAAGGAUAUAGAAUGGUGGAAGAUAAUGUCCCACAGGUUCAGGGGUGUCCAAAAGAGUGCAGACUUUAUUGUAAGCCCGCUACUGGUCGCGGUCAAGAUGUUUUCCUCCUCUCCUUUGGUCCAUACAUCAAUAGCUCCUAUUACCUAAUGAGAAACAAUGAUAAAACUACCGGUAGUGUCGAGGUUUACGACGACAACGUAUCCAAACUGUCCGAUGCCUACUGUUGGAAGUUUAAAAUCACAGACCAUCGCGCCGGUUUCCAUUUGGUCAAUCUAUUGGAUGAAACUGAAAAUCUUUUCUGGAAUGGCAACGAUUUUGGUUUCUUUGGUGGAGAUUAUGAUGAUCAAUUAUGGGUUGCCUAUUUUUAA